GACUUUGGAGAUGCAAUCAACUGGCCAACCCCUGGAGAGAUAGCCCACAAGACUGUACAGCCACAGACUCAUAAGCCUCAGCCUGUACGCAAGCUGCCACCCAAGAAGGACAUGAAGGAGCAGGAAAAAGGAGAGGGGAGUGACAGUAAGGAGAGCCCAAAAACCAAAUCUGAUGAAUCAGGGGAAGAGAAGAAUGGGGACGAAGACUGCCAGCGUGGUGGGCAGAAAAAGAAAGGGAGCAAACACAAGUGGGUUCCAUUGCAAAUAGACAUGAAGCCUGAAGUACCCAGAGAGAAGCUAGCCUCCCGGCCCACUCGUCCACAGGAACCAAGACACACACCUUCAAACCGUGUGGAAAUCAAAGGGUCUGAGGCUGCCACCUACAUGCCUGUGUCUGUGGCCCCCCCCACCCCAGCCUGGCAACCAGAGACCAAACCGGAGCCCACCUGGCACGACCAGGACGAGACGUCGAGUGUGAAGAGUGAUGGGGCUGGUGGGGCGCGGGCUUCCUUCCGUGGCCGUGGACGGGGGCGUGGUCGAGGCCGGGGACGAGGCCGGGGUGGCACUCGAACCCAUUUUGACUACCAGUUUGGCUACCGAAAGUUUGAUGGUACAGAAGGACCUCGCACCCCUAAGUACAUGAACAACAUCACGUACUACUUUGACAAUGUCAGCAGUACCGAGCUAUACAGUGUGGACCAGGAGCUGCUGAAAGACUACAUCAAGCGUCAGAUUGAAUACUACUUCAGCGUGGACAAUUUGGAGCGAGACUUCUUCCUGAGACGGAAGAUGGAUGCUGAUGGCUUCCUUCCCAUCACCCUUAUUGCUUCCUUCCACCGAGUGCAGGCCCUCACCACUGACAUUUCACUCAUCUUUGCGGCCCUAAAGGACAGCAAGGUGGUGGAGAUUGUUGAUGAGAAAGUCCGCCGGAGGGAAGAACCUGAGAAGUGGCCUCUUCCAGGUCCUCCCAUAGUAGAUUAUUCACAGACUGAUUUUUCCCAGCUUCUCAACUGCCCUGAGUUUGUUCCCCGGCAGCACUACCAGAAGGAGACAGAAUCAGCGCCUGGCUCUCCUCGUGCAGUCACCCCAGUGCCAACCAAGACGGAGGAGGUUAGCAACCUGAAGACACUGCCCAAGGGCCUGUCUGCCAGCCUGCCUGACCUGGAUUCCGAGAACUGGAUUGAAGUCAAGAAGAGGCCUCGGCCUUCCCCAGCACGACCCAAGUCAGAAGAAUCCAAGUUCACCCACCCAGCCUCUCUGCCUCAGCACCUACCUUCUCAGCAGCUGGUGUGUAAGGAUCAGGAUGAGCAGGAGGAACUAGAUUUCCUGUUUGAUGAAGAGAUGGAACAGAUGGAUGGACGCAAGAACACCUUCACUGCCUGGUCUGAUGAGGACUCUGACUAUGAGAUCGAUGACCGGGAUGUCAACAAGAUCCUCAUCGUCACCCAGACACCACCUUACAUGCGCCGGCACCCUGGAGGGGAUCGCACUGGCAACCAUACCUCUCGUGCCAAGAUGAGUGCUGAGCUGGCCAAGGUCAUUAAUGAUGGGCUCUUUUACUAUGAGCAGGACCUGUGGACUGAGAAAUUCGAGCCUGAAUAUUCCCAGAUCAAGCAAGAAGUUGAGAACUUCAAGAAAGUCAACAUGAUCAGCCGGGAGCAGUUUGACACACUGACCCCAGAGCCCCCUGUGGAUCCCAACCAAGAAGUUCCUCCUGGGCCACCACGGUUCCAGCAAGUUCCCACUGACGCCCUGGCCAACAAGCUGUUUGGUGCUCCUGAGCCCUCCACCAUCGCCCGCUCUCUCCCAACCACUGUCCCAGAAUCGCCAAACUAUCGUAACGCUAGGACCCCCCGCACACCCCGGACCCCACAGCUCAAAGACUCAAGCCAGACGCCACGGUUUUACCCCGUGGUGAAAGAAGGACGGACACUAGAUGCCAAGAUGCCUCGAAAAAGGAAGACAAGGCACAGCUCCAACCCACCUUUGGAAAGCCACGUGGGUUGGGUGAUGGACUCCCGAGAGCACAGGCCCCGGACUGCAUCCAUUAGUUCUAGCCCCUCAGAAGGGACACCUGCAGUUGGCAGCUAUGGCUGCACUCCUCAGUCACUGCCUAAGUUCCAGCAUCCUUCCCAUGAGCUGCUCAAGGAAAACGGCUUCACACAACAUGUCUACCACAAGUAUCGGAGGCGCUGCCUUAACGAGCGGAAGCGCUUGGGCAUUGGCCAGUCUCAGGAGAUGAACACUCUGUUCCGCUUCUGGUCCUUCUUCCUCCGAGAUCACUUCAACAAGAAGAUGUAUGAGGAGUUCAAGCAGCUGGCUUUGGAGGACGCCAGAGAGGGCUACAGAUAUGGUUUAGAGUGCCUUUUUCGAUACUACAGUUAUGGUCUAGAAAAGAAGUUCCGGUUGGACAUAUUCAAGGAUUUCCAAGAGGAAACUGUGAAGGACUAUGAAGCUGGCCAGCUCUAUGGGUUGGAGAAGUUCUGGGCCUUCUUGAAAUAUUCCAAAGCCAAAAAUUUGGACAUUGACCCAAAACUACAAGAAUACCUCGGCAAAUUCCGACGUCUAGAAGACUUCCGAGUGGACCCCCCCAUGGGUGAGGAGGGCAACCACAAGCGACAUCCUGUGAUAGCAGGCGGUGGCGGUGGUGAGAGCAGGAAGCGAUGCCCCUCCCAGUCUUCCAGUAGGCCGGGUGCCGUGAUCAGCCAACCCCCUACACCACCUACUGGCCAGCCCACCCAGGACGAUGCUAAAUGGACAAGCCAGCACUCGGACACACAGACUUUGGGAAAGUGAAAGUCCUGAGCCCCUGGGGCUUGGGGGAAGGGGCGGGGUGGGUAAGGUCCAUGGAGGUGCCCGGUCCCAGGAGAGGGGACACAGAGAAGGGACAGGCCUAGUGUUCACAGGACAGGCCUGUGCUGAGGAGCUGUGUAUGCGCCAUUUGGGCUGUCAGAGGUACCCUGGGUAGGAGCCUAUGUGCAUCCCCUUCCCUUCUCUUCACGACUCUUCCAUCCUAGCUUCUUCUAAGGGGGGAGGGACAGGGGGAGAUUUUUAUAUAUAUAUAUAUAUA